AUGGUCAAGAAGAGAAAGAACAACGGCCGCAACAAGAAGGGCCGCGGCCACACCAAGCCCAUCCGCUGCAGCAACUGCUCGCGAUGCACUCCCAAGGACAAGGCCAUCAAGCGCUUCACCAUCCGCAACAUGGUUGAGUCUGCUGCCAUCCGUGAUAUCUCGGAUGCCUCCGUCUUCCAGGAGUACACCGUCCCCAAGAUGUACCUCAAGCUGCAGUACUGUGUCUCUUGCGCCAUCCACGGCAAGAUUGUCCGUGUCCGCUCCAGAGUCGGUCGCCGCAACCGUGCCCCUCCCCCGCGUGUCCGAUACAACAAGGACGGCAAGAAGGUCACUCCUACCCAGACCGCUAAGGCUGCAUAA